UGAUCUAUUCCCGGUUCCUCUGUACUCGCAGAAUAAAACCAAACUUUUAAACUCCACAGAGACCCUUCAUCAGUUUCGGCUCCAAAUCAUCGAAAGGAAUCACCUUUUUGUGCAAAUCAAUACAACUCCUGCAGGUACAUUUUUAACUUAUAAUCUUCAAUUUUGAAAUUACGGGCAUGGAAUCGGGGAAAACGUUAUAAUCAUAUGAAAGUUGAUACAUUGCUAGAAGAAUGAAACGAAGGGAGGUUUUAGAAAAGAAGAAAUCAAUAGAUGAAAUCAUAAAAAAUGCUAAUAACCCACUGAAAGAUCAUCUCAAUUCACUUCCAUCUUCUUAUCUUCAUUACAAUCGAAAUGGUUUAUGUGUAUACUUAGAAUCAGGAAUUGGGUCAAAUCUAUCUUCAUUCAUGAAACAGUAUAUUCAAAAGCUACUGAAGCUCAACAUGGAAGCUACAUAUGGACCAGAAGAAUGGAUUUUCGAAGAGAAAGUUAAGCGUAAAGAAAUGGUUGCACCGGACGCACGGUAUCUGUUUGUUCGAAAGACUGCGGGUAAUGAUGAUGCGAUGCAACCACUAGGGGAUCGUUUUGUGGGUUUUGUGCAGUAUCGGUUUGUACUGGAGGAAGAGAUGCCAGUGGUUUAUGUUUAUGAAUUGCAGCUGGAAGAGUGUGUGCAGGGAAAGGGAUUAGGGAAGUUUUUGAUGCAGUUGGUUGAGCGCAUUGCGUAUGAGAAUCAGAUGAGUGCUGUUAUGUUGACUGUUCAGAAAGCGAAUGUGGUUGCUAUGGAUUUCUAUAUGAGUAAGCUAAGGUAUGUGAUAUCAUCGGAUUCACCUUCACAGAUGGGGUUUGACGAGAGCUAUGAAAUUCUGUAUAAAGCAGUUGAUUGUGAAGUAAAAGAAAAAUUGGGUACAAUGCUGUGACCAAUUUGUCAAUCUUAGCAUGUCUAGUUCUGUGGAAGUGUGACGAAGCCCACUUUGAUGGGAUUUUCAUUGAAUAAUAAGGAGGUGCAGGAUAGAGAAUACAAGAUGGCGAUGGAUUAUAGUGGACUUAUCAUACCUCUUAGAGAUCAAUCUUACUGGAACAAGAGGAGAAAGAAGAGGAUGAGCGCGAGGAUAUUUUGUAGUGGGGCAUGUGGUGAGAACUAUGCAUUGGAUGAGUUUUGGGUCUUCGUUUACAUCUUUGAGAAAUGAUUCCACGGGGAAUUUGUGAAGAUAAAUCCAGCUAAGGCUGAUCAUGUCCAGCAAUACAUCUGUCCAGCUUGCACAAAGUACAUCAUGCAGGGGUAAGAAACCUAUCACAAUGUUUUGUAAUUUUUCUUGACGGUGAAAUCUGCAAAUUAUCUCGAACCCAGGUUAGACAUAGGAUGAUUUUGAUUACUUUGGUUUUUGAAUCUGUGUGCAUCGUGAACAAUUCAACUGUAUGUUUGGACAUGUUUUCCCUUCUAGGAAAUUGAACUGUAUCCUGUUAUUGAAGCCCCUUCUCGUAGUUAAAGAAUUCUAUAUGGUAAACAUUCAUGUUCUUGAUUA